CAGUGCUAUUAUUUCCUUUUACACUAAUGCUUUUGCUAGACUUCCUCCAGAAUCAAACAAUCAUAUCGCUUGGUAAUCUAUAGAAAGUCCUCCGCAAGACCAGGUCUUGCUAUGUGUCUUAGUUUGGCCUCAAACUUGUGGUGAUCCUCCUGCUUCAGUCUCCUAGCGGCUGAAAUUAUAAGUAUGUGCUACCACCAAGCCUUACUAAGAAUGUAUCUUUGUUGUGGGACCUACCCACUCCAUCCCUGGGUGGAGCCAUCCCUGGGUACCUCUAUCCCGUGCCACCCAUCCCUGGUCUCUCCACGGAUAGCAUGGAGAUCGGUGGCUGUCCUGGUGGUCAGAAUGUCCCUGAAGUCUUCUCCACCCUAGGGGAGUGUCAGGUUGGGGUCCUGCAGGGUCUGGAGGUUGUGCUGGGCCCUGGCCCAGGGCACUGUUCUUUCCUUAUCGUGCUGACUGGGGCAUCAGAACAGGGCACUGUGGCCUGGUGUAUGAGAGAGCAGGACCCUGGCUUGCAGCUGGAACUCGGUAGCAACAGGAAAGCAGUCUGAGCUGCAGCCCUGCUCUUAGCGGAGGGGCUGGAGCCCUCCCUGGAGCUCCAGGUUCUCUCCCCCAUUUGGGGACCCCAGCCUGGUGGUGUCUCUGCUCCUGCUGGCUUCCAGAAAGCUCUGCAGCUCGCCUCCUGCAGGGUUUGUCUUAGAGGCAAAACAAGGACUCUGGAGACUCCAGUGCCCACAGGAGAGGCUGCCAGCCCCAGCUCCUGCCCCUGACCUGGAACCUGGCCUGACCACCCCAACUUCUCCUGAAGGACGCGUCCUCGGGCUCCUGGUCAAGCAGUCUCCUGCCUCAGGCUCCUGAGUGCUGGGACCACCGGCACAUGCCACUACUCCAGCUCAGGUGGGUUUUCAAAGAGUCAAAACAACAAACAUGCAGAAAAUGCAAGUAGCACAGCUGGCCAGGCCGCCCAUCCUGCCUGCACUGUGCAGUCGUACAUGGGUUUCUUGUAUUCUUGUAAAGCCCUUGUACCCGGAGUACCUCAGCAAGGUCCUGGUGGAGAGGCAGCCGCCACGCACGCAACUGCCAUGGCCCUGAGGGAAAACGGGGCCCUCCCUGGGCCCACAGGUCUGCACCAGGGCGUCGAAUGUCUGUGCUACUUACAAAUUUCCCCAAAAUGUGAAGUUCCCAAAACACGGAUGUCUGCCGUCUCGCACACUUCUUGUGGGUGCAGCGAUGGUCCCAGCGAGCUGACGGUGCGAUGGCAGACAGAGGCAGCCGCGACAGGAGCAGAGGGUCGGGCUGGGAAGAGCCCCGGCUGUGGCAGCCCCAUCGCUGACCGCCGGGGCCUGGCCUGGGGUGUGUGGGCCGGGCUCAGGGAGAGGCCGGAAAUAUGGGUCCUACGAGGAGUGUCUGUCCAGAGAGGGUCGAGGGCUCGGGCCCCAGCGCGUGCCGUGGUCUCUCAGGACCACGUGCCGUGGGUGUCCCUGCCCGUGGCGGGCUUCCAGCUGCGGCGGCGCGGGGAGGCCCUGCGGGUGCCCAUGGCCACCACCAGCCCCGACCGCGUCUUCUUCGAGCUGGACGGGACCGAGGGCGACAGCGGCCCGCACACCUGCCGCUACCGGCCGUUCGGGGCAGGCGCUGCCUGGUCGGCGAACCGCCUGCCCGUGGAGCUGGCGCGCAGCGACGGUGAGCCGGGGCGGGCAGGAACCGGCGACCCCCUGCCUCGGCCUCCGUACAGCCGCGCCUACGCGGGCCCCGCGCAGCCCUCCGUGGGCUCCGCGCCGGGAGCUGCGCGUGGACGACCGCGCACCCGCUUUUCCGGCCCGGCCGCGGACGGCCCCGUCCGCUCUCCUCCCGCAGCCUGCGCCUCCGCCGUCCGCCCAGCCCCGCGGCGCUGA